GUGAUACGCAAGUGAAUGACUUUCUUCCCAAUCCUGGCAAGAGGUGGUAAAAUGUGGAGAAAGAUCCAGUGCUGUUUGACCUUUGCCCUCCUGCUGAUGGUGGCCUUGGCUGACCACGAUGAGGGCCACGAUCAUGGAGAACAUUCAGCAGAUCAUCAUCACCAUCUCCACCAUGGCAAGGACGAACCCCAUCCCAGUCACAAUGGAGAAGACGAUUCAUGCCACAAACUCUCACCUCACAACGCUGACUUCGCCUUCACCCUGUACAAUAAACUCUCCAGCCAUGCUGACGCCAAGGGCAAGAACAUCUUCUUCUCUCCACUGAGUAUCUCCAUGGCUCUGUCCAUGCUGGCUCUGGGAGCCAAGGGGGAGACCCACUCAGAAAUCUUCAGCACUCUGGGUUACGGUUCCCUCACAGAGGAUCAGGUCAAUGAAGCCUAUGAGCACCUGCUGCACAUGCUGGACCACAGCCAGGAGGCCAUGCUGCUGGAGACAGGAGGUGGUCUGGCUGUCCGAGAAGGCUUCAAACCUGUCGACAAGUUUCUGAAGGAUCUUCAGCACUUCUACCGUACAGAGGCCUUCAGUGUGGACUUUUCCAAACCUGAAGUUGCUGUCGAAGAGAUCAACAAGUUCAUCGCCAAGAAGACCAAGGACACCAUCACUGACAUGGUCAAGAGCCUGGACCAAGACACCAUCAUGGUGCUCAUCAACUACAUCUAUUUCAGAGGUAAAUGGGAGAAGCCCUUUGAGGUGGAGCACACUCACAAAGCUGACUUCCACGUGGAUGAGAACACCAAGGUGACUGUGGACAUGAUGAAGAGAACUGGACGCUAUGACUUCUACCAGGAUUGGGAUAACUUCACCUCUGUCAUCAUGGUGCCCUACAAAGGAAACACCUCCAUGAUGAUCGUUCUGCCUGAUGAGGGAAAACUGGACGAGGUGGAGAAGCACCUCAGCAAGGAAGACCUGAAGUACUGGCAUGACAAACUAUUUAGAAGCUCUGUGGACCUGCACAUGCCCAAGUUCUCCAUCUCUGCCUCCUUCUCUCUUGGGGACACUCUAAAGGAACUGGGUAUCGUUCAAGCGUUCUCUGACAAUGCAGACUUCUCAGGGAUGAGUGAGGAGACCAAACUGAAGGCUUCUAAGGUUCUCCACCAGGCAGUCCUCAAGGUGGAUGAGAAAGGAACUGAAGCAGCUGCUGCCACCACCAUAGAGAUCAUGCCCAUGUCUCUACCAGACACCAUGAACCUCAACAGACCCUUCCUGGUCUUCAUUGUGGAGGACAGCACCAAGAGCAUCCUCUUCAUGGGCAAGAUCACCAACCCUACUGAACAAUGUGGUAAAAUGUGGAGAAAGAUCCAGUGCUGUUUGACCUUUGCCCUCCUGCUGAUGGUGGCCUUGGCUGACCACGAUGAGGGCCACGAUCAUGGAGAACAUUCAGCAGAUCAUCAUCACCAUCUCCACCAUGGCAAGGAUGAACCCCAUCCCAGUCACAAUGGAGAAGACGAUUCAUGCCACAAACUCUCACCUCACAAUGCUGACUUCGCCUUCACCCUGUACAAUAAACUCUCCAGCCAUGCUGACGCCAAGGGCAAGAACAUCUUCUUCUCUCCACUGAGUAUCUCCAUGGCUCUGUCCAUGCUGGCUCUGGGAGCCAAGGGGGAGACCCACUCAGAAAUCUUCAGCACUCUGGGUUACGGUUCCAUCACAGAGGAUCAGGUCAAUGAAGCCUAUGAGCACCUGCUGCACAUGCUGGACCACAGCCAGGAGGCCAUGCUGCUGGAGACAGGAGGUGGUCUGGCUGUCCGAGAAGGCUUCAAACCUGUUGACAAGUUUCUGAAGGAUCUUCAGCACUUCUACCGUACAGAGGCCUUCAGUGUGGACUUUUCCAAACCUGAAGUUGCUGUCGAAGAGAUCAACAAGUUCAUCGCCAAGAAGACCAAGGACACCAUCACUGACAUGGUCAAGAGCCUGGACCAAGACACCAUCAUGGUGCUCAUCAACUACAUCUAUUUCAGAGGUAAAUGGGAGAAGCCCUUUGAGGUGGAGCACACUCACAAAGCUGACUUCCACGUGGAUGAGAACACCAAGGUGACUGUGGACAUGAUGAAGAGAACUGGACGCUAUGACUUCUACCAGGAUCGGGAUAACUUCACCUCUGUCAUCAUGGUGCCCUACAAAGGAAACACCUCCAUGAUGAUCGUUCUGCCUGAUGAGGGAAAACUGGACGAGGUGGAGAAGCACCUCAGCAAGGAAGACCUGAAGUACUGGCAUGACAAACUAUUUAGAAGAUUUCUCAGACUUCUUUUGCCCAAGUUCUCCAUCUCUGCCUCCUUCUCUCUUGGGGACACUCUAAAGGAACUGGGUAUCGUUCAAGCGUUCUCUGACAAGGCCGACUUCUCAGGGAUGAGUGAGGAGACCAAACUGAAGGCUUCCAAGGUUCUCCACCAGGCAGUCCUCAAGGUGGAUGAGAAAGGAACUGAAGCAGCUGCUGCCACCACCGUAGAGAUCAUGCCCAUGUCUCUACCAAACACCAUGAACCUCAACAGACCCUUCCUGGUCUUCAUUGUGGAGGACAGCACCAAGAGCAUCCUCUUCAUGGGCAAGAUCACCAACCCUACUGAACAAUAACACUCAGAUCCCAUCUGUCUCAAGCAAUCUGAAUUUCAAACAUCUACAUAUUGUGAUUUUUCAUUAUUACACUGGAAUGUUUUCCCACUUCAGCAGUGAGGGAGGUGCGGAAUUUGCAAAAUAGCUUUCUUCAUUUGUUUAAAAUAAAAGACAGUUCCAAUCAGGUGUGUCAGACGUCCUACAUUCAGCAUGAAUAAAAGCAAUAAAAAAUGAAA